AUGGAUAACAUGGAGUUAUGUGAAGCAAACAACGUUCCUCUAACGCCCAUAACUUUCUUGAAGAGAGCUUCAGAGUGUUAUCCCAAUCGAACAUCAAUAAUUUACGGACAAACUCGUUUCACUUGGCCACAAACCUAUGACCGUUGUUGUCGUCUAGCCGCUUCUCUCAUCUCUCUUAACAUCGCCAAGAACGAUGUGGUAUCCGUUGUGGCCCCAAACACACCAGCCAUUUAUGAGAUGCACUUUGCCGUUCCCAUGGCUGGAGCUGUCCUUAACCCUAUCAAUACUCGUUUGGACGCAACAUCUAUUACCACAAUUCUCCGCCACGCCCAGCCCAAGAUAUUAUUCAUACACCGAAACUUUGAGCCCUUGGCUCGAGAAAUCCUCCAUCUACUAUCAUGUGACGACUUACAACUAAACUUGCUGGUCAUAUUUAUUGACGAGUACAAUUCCGCUAAAAGGGUUUCAUCCGAGGAGUUAGACUACGAGAGUCUCAUUCAGAUGGGAGAGCCUACGUCUCCGUUGGUUGAAAAUAUGUUCCGUAUACAAAAUGAGCAAGAUCCCAUCUCCCUAAACUACACGUCAGGUACCACGGCUGACCCAAAAGGUGUGGUGAUUAGCCAUCGAGGAGCAUAUUUGACCUCGUUAGGUGUAAUUAUUGGUUGGGAAAUGAGUACCUGCCCUGUCUACCUUUGGAUUUUUGCCUAUGUUUCAUUGCAAUGGAUGGACGUUUACAUGGGCAACAGCAGCGCGCGGGGGCACCAAUGUGUGUAUGAGCCACGAAAUCCGCUUGACAUGUCACAUAGGUCUGGACCGGUCCAUCUGAUGACCGGAGGUUCACCUCUCCCCGCUGCUCUUGUCAAGAAAGUUCAGCGGUUAGGGUUUCAAGUUCUGCAUGUCUAUGGCCUGACGGAGGCCACUGGUCCAGCUCUCUUUUGUGAGUGGCAAGACGAGUGGAACAGAUUAACAGAGAAUCAACAAAUGGAGCUGAAAGCAAGGCAAGGGCUAGGCAUAUUAAGCGUAGCUGAAGUUGAUGUGAAGUACAACGAAACUCAAGAGAGUGUCCCACACGAUGGGAAGACAAUGGGAGAAAUUGUCAUGAAAGGAAACAACAUAAUGAAAGGGUAUCUAAAGAAUUCCAAAGCUACAUUUGAAGCGUUUAAACACGGAUGGCUCAACACUGGAGACGUAGGUGUAAUCCAUCCUGAUGGACACAUCGAGAUCAAAGAUCGGUCCAAAGAUAUAAUAAUAUCGGGUGGCGAAAAUAUCAGCAGUGUUGAAGUCGAGAAUAUUCUUUACAAGCACCCAAGAGUGUUUGAGGUUGCCGUCGUGGCCAUGCCUCACCGUGUGUGGGGUGAAACCCCGUGUGCAUUCAUUGUGUUACAAAAGGGCGAGACUAAUAAAGAAGAUGAUGAAUAUAAAUUUGUGGCCAGAGAGAAAGAAUUGAUUGACUAUUGCCGUGAGAAUCUGCCACAUUUUAUGUGUCCGAGAAAGGUGGUAUUUUUGGAAGAACUGCCCAAAAAUGGAAAUGGAAAGAUCCUUAAGCCUAACCUAAGAGCCAUCACUAAAGGUUUGGUUGCUGAGGAUGAGGCCAAUGUUAUAUCGUGA